GAUCUUCAUGGACUUUCGGAAGCGAAAACAGCAUUACGAUUCAAUGAACAGGAUUUUAAUGAUCGAAUGGAAAAAAUGAUGGACUUGAAAAUAUCUUUAGAGGUCCAAGAAAGUGAACUCGAAAAAUCAGGGAAGGCUUAA